ACAGAAGGAAAAUAAACCACUAAAAUACCCCUCCCAAACAAAAAAAAAAAAAGAUGACAGGUUCUGGUUCCCCUUGUGGUGCCUGCAAGUUCUUGAGAAGAAAAUGUGUUAGAGGCUGUGUUUUCGCACCUUAUUUCUGCCAUGAACAAGGUGCAACCCAUUUUGCAGCCAUCCACAAGGUUUUUGGUGCAAGCAAUGUCUCAAAGCUUCUUGCUCACCUCCCUGUCAGUGACCGCUGUGAAGCUGCGGUCACAAUCUCUUAUGAAGCUCAAGCUAGGCUUCAAGACCCCAUUUAUGGCUGUGUUUCACAUAUCUUUGCUCUCCAACAGCAGGUUGUCAAUCUACAGGCACAACUUGCUUCCCUUAAGGAACAAGCAGCUCAGAGCAUUCUUAACGGCUCUGUUACUGAAAACCCUAAUGACAAACACUAUGGAAAGAUUCCUUCUCACCUCCAAGAUGUUCAAAGUUGGUUUCACCCAGAUAAUCCAAGCAUGGCACCACAAUUUAAUCCCGACCUCUCCAAUCAUCCCAACACAAAUUCGUACUGUGAGACUGGGUUUUUGGACCCAACCUCUUUAGGAAAUUAUGAAAAUUCAGUCAUCUCAUCAGGAGAAGAUGCCUCAUUUACCACUACCACUUACGGGGAGACUCCUCAUUCAAUGUCUUCCUUUGACAUGCAAACAAACAACAGACAAUGGACUUUCCAGGAUGUCGAUGAUCUUCAAUCAAUGGCCUUCGGCUAUGCUCAACAAUCAUGA